AUGGAAGCGACUCAGGAACUUCUAACACCAUUACAUCCUGUGGUCUCUCACUCCAGUAGAACACGAAAUCAUUUGACCAAGAGAAAAAAGACAAAAACGAUGCACCGUCGUUUCCAUGCUGUGACGAAAUUACUAUUGGUAACGUCUCCAACACUCACAAAACGGUCGCGAUUCAAGUUCAGUCAAAAUACACCAAACCACUCUGAUGCCUACACCAUAGUACUUGGAAAAAACAAGGAAGCAAGGUCACCAGCAGUAGUUCGCCAUGUUGCUACACCACCAUCUGAUCAUGCGAGUUUAAUUAAGCACCAGACAAUUCAACCAGUCAACUUCAAUGGCCUCAGUUGA